AUGGGGAGGUGUAAGGCCUUGUAUUUUGAUAUACUGGAAGAUCAGAAUGAAGCACAGACCAGAAAUGAAAGGGACAGACUGGAAAAAUUUCAAAUGCCAGAUCAACAAAAUGGUCUAUGUCAGCCGUACUUGGAACAAAAACCAGCCACAAGUCCAAACACAGGCAGUCUGACCAAUGGACAGUCAGUCACUGAAGGUGCAGCUGGUGCUUUAGUGGAAAGUGCACCUGAAGCAAAGUCUAGCCCCUAUAAUUUGCAUGGAGAAAGGAAAAACACUAACAAGUUGCAAUGCUCUAAGUUUGUAUAUGGGAAAGAUUCUAAACUUACACACCAAAAGGACAGUGAUAACAUGUUAGAUUCCAGCGACAAUAUAUCAAAAGAUGACACUUACUUGAAAGGGUCUGUACUUUCACCUGAUAAUAACUGCACUUCAAACAGGACAGAAAUUCUGCAUGUUUGGCCAGUAUCAAGAGUGAACCCUGGAGAACAACUGCAACCCCAACCACCCCAACCCCCUGUACAAGACCCCGAAGAACAACCGGGAGAAUUGCAACAUCAACAGCUACCACAAGAAGGUAUUAACCUAGCCAUUCCCCAAAACUUCCAUACUGAAAACAUACCAGUGCCUGAAGAAGGUGCUCAUCAGCCCGAGCCCCAAGCACAGCAGCACCCUGUGGAGUACAUAGACCUGCACCCUGAAAAUUUAUCAUUCCCUAUACAGGCAGAAGAUGAUGACACAGGGCAGUACAUAGACCUGCACCCAGAAAACAUGCCGGAAUAUUCACCAGCCUGAACACUAAGCACAGCAGUACACUGUGCAAGAGGCUGGGGGUGUACCACCAUUCCUGGCAUAAAUUAGACAAUGAUGCUAUAGAUUAAAAUUUCAAUGAGGGCAUGCAGUAGAAAUCUUCAGCCACGUGGACAGUAAAGAGCUUUUAUAGGCAUCUUCUCCUUUUAACAGUCAUGGGACAGUGCAGACUUAGAAUCAGAAACAACUGAGAAAAUGUUAUCUUUUGGAAGAAAUUGCAAAUACUCAAAGAAGCCAUUUCACUCACUGCAUUUAGAAGGUAAAAUGUCAAAUUCCAGGCCACAUUUUGAUUUACCAUGUAUAGCUAAUUUAAAUGACAACAUUGCUUUCCAGUUGUUGAAGUUAUAAUUAAGGGAUGUGCAUGGCUACAGCCCUGUCCAAGCAAAGUGGACAGAUUCAAAUAAGUACAGGGAAUAUCUACAGGCAGUAGCGCCUGUACAUAAAAAAUAAAUUACAGUAUGCAACUUAAAUUAUGCAUUCUACACAAAGGUCUUCGCAUCCAAGGCCUGUCAUUCUUUUAAAAAAAUGCACCCCCCCCCCUCUUACUUAAAAUAAUCCUGGAUCCGCCCAUGGUAUACAAGAAUCAAAUUUUACUUUUAUGAAAAUAUUUUCUGAUGGACAAGAAGUUACAUAGUAAUACAUGGCUAAGCCUGUCAAGUCUGCCUGCUGCUUGAGUGGUCUAGCUGUUAGUUAAACUCUCUUCCAUCUUGAAUUCUGAAUAUAAUGAAAUAGCAAUGGUUGUAACAUGCUUUAUACAGGAUCUGAUGGAGAAAUUGAAACAUCUUAAGUGCUCAAUAAACUAUCACUACCAGGGGCGGAUCCAAAGAUAUUUUAUGACAGUCUUCCAAAUUGUCUUUGUUG